UGGCCGCGUCCGGCGACCUCCCGCUCGCCGAGCAGGCCGCCCGGCUGGGCUUCACGCUGCCGCCGCGGAAGGUCCGCGCCGAGGUCGCCGUCGAGGCCACGGCCACGGGCGCACAGGCCUACCCCUUCGGCAUGGCGGACCCCCAGCCGCCGCAGCGCUCCCGCCAGAGGAAGCUGGACACCAGCACCAGGACCAAGCGCGCCGCCGACGACGUGUACGACGAGACCCUGCUGCCCACCAACGUGGUGCCCACCAGAUACACGGUCACCAUGGCGCCCAACCUGGCGACCGGCAUCUUCUACGGCUCCACGGACAUCUACAUCAACGUGGUGGAGGCCACCUCCCGCAUCAUCCUCCACGGCGCUCCGGACAUCACAUUUAGCGAAGUUCAGAUUUUGAAGGAGACCGCGCCGGACACGGGCACUUUUGUCGACAACGGCAAAGCCACCUUCGUGCUGCUGGACCCCAACGAGGACUUGGAGCGCCUCGUCAUCGACCUGGACACCGCGCUGGUUGCGGGCGUACACUACCUCCUGCGCUUCCCCCUGUUCGGGGCCUACCUAAGGAACGACCUCAAGGGCUUCUACUUGUCCACCUACGAACUCGCCAACGGCCGCACAGUUCGGCUGGCGACGACGCAGUUCGAGCCGCCGGCAGCCCGCUUCGCCUUCCCGUGUUUCGACGAGCCCGCCCUCAAGGCGCGCUUCCAGAUCGUCGUGGAGCACGACCCCUCCUUCACCGUCAGGUCCAACAUGCCGGAGGCGUCCAACACCAGACCGACGCUGACCACGGUGCGCACCGUGUUCCAAGAGACCCUCCCCAUGUCCACGUACCUGCUGGCGUGGGUGGUGUCCGACUUCGCCGAGCUGACCUCGUCCGGCGACGCCAACCUCAAGACGUGGGGCAGGAAGAACCUGCUGCGUGCCGACUCGGCCUACCUCGCCAACCUGGUGGGGCCCAAGGCUCUGCAGCUGCUGGGAGAAUUCAACGGCAUCAAGUACGAGCUGCCCAAGAUGGACCAGUUCGCCAUCCCGGACUUCGACGCUGGCGCCAUGGAGAACUGGGGCAUCGUCACGUACAGGGAGGAGUACUUGCUGGAGACCUCGGACACCACGAUCCGCAUCCGCGAGUUCAUCGCCACGACCGUGUGCCACGAGUUCGGGCACCAGUGGACGGGAGACCUGGUCACCCUGGACUGGUGGUCCAACACCUGGCUCAACGAGGGCUUCGCCACCUACUUCGAGAACGUCAUCUGCGACAAGAUCUUCCCCGAGUGGAACCUCAUGGACAAGUACGUGACGGACAACGUGCACGUUGGCAUCGCCCACGACGUGAUGCCCGGCCAGAUCGCCAUGUCGAGCCCCGCGUUCGGCACGGCCGCCAUCGAGGCCAAGUUCGACCGCAUCUCCUACAAGAAGGGCGGAUCCGUGUUGCGCAUGUUUGAACACAUUCUCGGCACCGAAGUGUUCAAGAAGGCAAUGAACAGUUACCUGUCAACCUACCAUUACGCCAACGGCUCCCCCGACCGCCUCUUCCGCGCCAUGAACACCGCGGCGGUGGCGGCGUCCUCCCCGCUGCCCCCGAACACGGACUUCGCCACCAUGGCCAAGACGUGGACCGAGCAGGCCGGCGUGCCCGUGGUCACCGUCACCCGCAACACGGCGCAGGGCGCAGUCACCCUCACCCAGGAGCAGUUCUUCUACGAGACCCCCGAGGACCAGCAGAAGACGCUGUGGUACGUGCCCAUCCCCGACAUCGUGAACCCCAAGACCAAGGACUGGACCAAGACGGCCCCCGUCCGCUGGCUGACCCCCGACGCCCCGACCAUCGCGGACCUCGACGUCGACGCCAGCGCCACCGAGUGGAUCGUGGUCAACCCCAGGCAAAUCGGCUACUACCUCGUCAACUACGACGCGGACAACUGGAAGCUGCUGCACCAGGCGCUGCUCAAAACCCCUGACGAGCUGCACCCGUCCACGCGCACCCAGCUGGUGCACGACUCGCUGGCCAUGGCGCGCGCGGGCAAGCUGGACUACGCGACGGCACUGCCCUUCCUGCAGGCACUCAAGGCUGAGCGUUCGCCCGCCGUCUGGAAGGCCGGCAUCGAGGCGCUCACUUUCCUGCGCGACAGGCUGGCCAACACGGAGGCCGGCACCGCGCUCAAGGCCUUCAUCCAGCAGAUCACCGCCGACGCGUACGACGCCGUGGGUCUCGGCGCGUCCGCGACCACGCCCACCGCCGACACGUCCAAGGACGAGGAGCGCUACCUGCGCUUCCUCGUGGCCAGCUACGCGUGCUACGCCGGCAACAAGAAGUGCGUGGCGGACGCCAUCCAGGCCGUCGGCGAUCUCUACGACAACGACGUCAGGCCCAACGCGGACGUCAGGGACGCCGCCAUGUGCUACGCCGUGCAGAACUCGGACGACGCCUUCAACUCGAUCAUCGACAGCUACAUGGAGACGUCGGACUCGAAGGAGCGUGGCCUGUACGCCGCGGCGCUAAGCUGCACCAUGAACCACCCUCUCCUCGAAUUCCUCAUGAACGGCAUCAUCGCCAAGCAGGACGACACCUCCCUGAACGCCGCCGACCUGCAGGUACUCAUCAACGCCAUCCUCAGCCGCUGGGACAACCACAGGUUCAUGCUCAACUACUACAAGAAGAACUGGAGGAACAUUUACAGAUUCACUGGCAACUCCUUCUACGUCAACGUGCUGAACGCCCUCAUCGGCGACAUCCGUACCCAGGCGGAGCUCGACGAGGUGACGGCAUUCGUCGCCAAGGACUUCCCCGAGACCACCGCCACCGUUCGCCGGGAGUUCGACCUGAACCUGGACGCCGCCAAGAAGGGCCUGGCGUGGAACAUCAAGAACUUCGCCCAGGUCUCGCAGUGGCUGUACACCGCCACCAGCACGGGGCCCUUCGUCCCGACGGAGCCGACGUGGCCGCCCACCGGGCCCACCACCAACGCGCCCACCAAAGCGCCCACCACCAGGCCCACCACCCCCGCCACCAGGCCCACCACCGCGAGGCCCGGCCCGACGACGUCGCGCACGCCGAGCACCACGCCGAAGAGCGGCGCCAGCCAGGCGACCGGCGUGGCCUCCCUCGUGGCGGCCGCCCUCCUCGCCCUCUUGCUGCGGUGAACCGUCACCGUCAGGGGAGAGGGAUUCGACUGAGAGGACAAACGACGAACGGCCUCGCUUCCGUUCAAACUUUGCGGUUGUUUUGUGAUAAACGGCAAUGGUUUCGAAUAAAAUAAUACUCCGAGUGCCAACUAGGUGACUGUAA